GGCCAUAUGAUAUAAUUGAUGUGUGCGGUGCAUCGUUUUCCACGACUGCUUCCGUAUCCAUAACUCAAACCAAAGCGUCUUUCAUAUCAUUAUCGCAUGUAAAAACUUUUCACUCCAAAAGCAAAGCCCAAUUUUCACUGUUUAUCGACCAUAUUCUCAAUUCUUCAAUGGCGUCCAUUUCUAGACUUGCCACCAAAGACUGCAACUUCUACACAUGUCACGCUUUCCAUAGGCCUAGCACUGCUUUAUUUGCUAGGAGGAGGCUCCAAACCCAUCUGGAUCUAAGAAGUGGAUUUUCUGUAACUGAGAAUGGACGUACUUGCACAAUCCGAAGCAAGACUUGGAGUCCAGUCGUUGCUCUUGGUGUUCCUUCAAUCAUUCAAUCCUCGAGGCACUCCCAAGUUGUUUGCAAGGCUGCAACAAAUGUAUCUGGGGACGUUCCAGAUAGCUCUCCCAGCGGGAUGAGCCAGUAUGAGAGAAUUAUUGAAACUCUGACUACUCUUUUUCCUGUUUGGGUCAUACUGGGCACAAUUAUCGGCAUCUACAAGCCUGCUGCUGUGACUUGGUUAGAGACGGACCUCUUCACUGGUUGCCUGGGUUUUCUCAUGCUAUCUAUGGGGUUAACAUUGACCUUUGAGGAUUUCAGACGAUGUUUGCGAAACCCUUGGACUGUGGGUGUAGGAUUUCUUGCUCAAUACUUGAUCAAACCUAUAUUAGGCUUCACAUUUGCAAUGAUUCUAAAACUUUCCGCACCUCUUGCAACCGGCCUUAUCUUGGUCUCAUGCUGCCCUGGAGGUCAGGCAUCAAAUGUUGCAACGUAUAUUUCUAAGGGGAAUGUGGCGCUAUCUGUUCUCAUGACGACGUGUUCAACCGUAGGAGCUAUAAUUAUGACUCCACUUCUUACCAAGCUUCUUGCUGGUCAGCUCGUUCCUGUUGACGCCGCUGGCCUAGCAAUUAGCACUUUCCAGGUUGUUCUAGUGCCAACAGUUGUUGGAGUGUUGGCAAAUGAAUUCUUCCCCAAAUUCACUUCAAAAAUUAUAUCGGUUACACCUUUAAUUGGAGUUAUUCUCACUACUCUCCUUUGUGCAAGCCCAAUUGGGCAAGUUUCAGAAGUUCUCAAAGCUCAAGGGGCACAGCUAAUAUUGCCAGUGGCUCUUCUUCAUGGUGCCUCAUUUGCUCUGGGUUACUGGGUUUCAAAAAUAUCUUUUGGUGAAUCCACUUCUCGCACCAUAUCUAUAGAGUGUGGUAUGCAGAGCUCUGCGCUUGGAUUUUUGCUUGCUCAAAAGCAUUUCACAAAUCCACUUGUAGCCGUUCCUUCUGCUGUUAGCGUCGUUUGCAUGGCGCUCGGCGGAAGUGCUCUUGCAGUAUUCUGGAGGAACCAACCGAUUCCCGUUGAUGACAAGGAUGAUUUUAAGGAGUGAAGAUCACUCUCUAAAAUAAUGCUACUAUGAGAUUUUUGUGACUUCUCAUAUUAGAUUUUUGGUUUUUGCAAUUGUUGUGUACAUCUUUAGACAUCAGCCUAUGGGAUUGGCAAAAAGCCUUUCUUUGUUGGAGUUGAACUAGUAUCAUAUGCAACUUUAGAAGAGUCUUUU